AUGUCGGUCAUUGGGAAAUUGAAAAUAAAAGGGAUUAGGUCAUUUACUGAGGAGUACCCGGCAGCGAUUGAGAUGCAGACACCACUUACACUGAUUGUAGGGCAUAAUGGGACUGGCAAGACCACUAUAGUUGAGGCAUUGAAAUAUGCAACGACUGGGGCACUUCCUCCUAAUAGUAAGAAUGGGGCAUUUGUGCAUGAUCCUAGAGUAUCACAGGAGAGGGAGACAAAAGCACAGAUAAUGAUGAAAUUUAAGUCGUGUGAGGGUAAGGAGUAUAUUGUAGUGCGGGGUAUGUCACAGACUAUUGGGAAAACGAAAAGAGAAACAAAGACGGUUGAAAGUGUUCUGUGGCAAGUGACGGAGAGUGGUAAGAGGAUGAUUUGCAACAAAUUGUCUGAAGUUGAUUCUGAAGUGCCUAUUCUACUGGGGAGUACUCCUUCUGUUUUAGAGAGUGUAAUAUUUGUGCAUCAGGAAGAGUCCACGUGGCCAUUAGGGGAUCCUUCUGUGGUCAAGAAGAAAAUGGACGGAAUAUUCUCAUCAACGAAGUUUAUUAAGGCGAUUGAUGCACUGACAGUGCUGAGAAAAGAGAAAACAGGAGAAUUAAAGGUAUUGGAGUGUAAAUAUGAGAAUUUACAGCAGAAGACACAGAAUAAGCAUAUAAUAGAACAAAGAAUAGCAAGGAUUACGGAGAGAUUAUUGGUUGUGCGGAAAUUAUCACAAGUGUCAAAUGAAAGGCUGAGGAAAUUCCAGAUUGACUUGAAGGAGAGCCAGAAGAAGUACGAGCAUGCACUUUCGGAGGUAAGGGAGAAAGAGAAAGCAGAAUCAGAACUAGCAGGAUUAUCCACAAAAGAAUUAUUAUCUGGGAGUGUGGUGGAAUUGCAAAGUAUUCUGCCGAAUACGUGUGUAGAGGAUGCGGAGGAAUUAAGGCAUGAAGCGAGUAUUUUAGAAAUUGAGAUGAAUGAAAUAGUUGAGAAAAUAAGGAAAUUUGAGGAUUUGAAGGUGGCAAUUGAAGAAAGCAGAGUGGAAAUAGAAAGUCUUAAUGAGGAGAAGAAGAAGAAUUUAGGGCUUAUCUUAGAGAAGGUUCAAAAUAACAGGGAGUAUUUAGAUAAAGCAUGUACGGUUAUAUCUGAUGUAAUAACAGGCAUAAAGAGUACAGAUAAGGAUUUAUCCACAGAUAGAACUAUUUCCUUGAUUACUGGUCAAAUAGAAACCUUACAGAAAGAAACCAGGGAGUUCAGUAUAAAUCAUGUCUUACUUGAUACACCCAUAGAGGCAGAAGCAUUAGUAGACCAUGAGGUUUGCCAAAUGGAGAAUGUAAGGGUGUGGAUUGAAAAGCUUGAAGAAAUAUUAGACAGGAAAAUUCAAGAGAAAGAUAUAACCGUAAGAACAGUUACAGAGGAAAUAGGAAUUCUUAAAGAGAAACAGAGAAGUGUUAUUCUUAGGUCUAAAGAGAUACGCAGUAUUUUAGACGUAGACGUAAAUGAACAAGAUGUAUCAUUUAUAUCUGAGAUACAAGAGAGUGAGAAUAUAAUUAACAGUAAUUAUACUAAGACAGAAUAUAACAAAGACAAAGUGUUCCUGGAGAUUGAAGAGUUACAGCAGAAAUUAGAAAUAUGCAUGAAAGAAACAGAAAAAAGGAAAGAGAAAGAAUUCUUAGCAGAAGAAAUCAAAAGAAAAGAGAAAGAACUAGAAUUCCUUCCGUGCCCAUCUGAGAUAAAACUAAGUCCGGGCUUACCAGGGAUUAUUCAGUGUGAAGAUGCUCUAGUUAAGAAAAUCACAGUGCUGGACACAAAAAUAAAAGAAAUCCAAACGAACCAGCAGAAGUACUUACACAAUAAAAUGGUAUCUGAGUCAAAGCAAAUGGCAAAUAAAUUAUUACAACAGGCAAAAGUAGAAAAGUCCAAAACACUCAUUGACAGAAUCUCCGGUGAGCUUAUUUCUAGUGGAAGCGUAAUCACACGCUCAGAAGUACUCCAGAAAAUAAAAGAAGGGUGCAAUAUAAACGUACAUACAGAAUUCCAAGAUGUCCUGUACGAAUUAUACGAAGAAUGGGGAAGUAUUUCAGCAUCUGAGAAAAUAUAUGAAGAAUUCCUUAGUAGAGCAGAAGAUGGCUGUCCAUUCUGUAAAUCCUUUAUUAGUACGGGAAUUUCUAAAGGACACGUGCAGAAAAUAAAGAAUAUUUUAGAGUGCAUAAAAAACAAGAAAGAGCAGCUUAAAGAAGAAUUAGUCAUAGAGAAAGAAAAUACUAAAUUUAAGCAGGAACAAGCCAAAAUACGAAUUAUUCUGAAUAAUUUAUCUUCUCUCCUUAUACUUGAAAAUAUAAAAGCAGAGGAUGAAGCAGAAGAUACUCACACAGUUGAAGAAUGGAUUAUUCUACUGGAUACACUGAAUAAACAGCUACGGUCAAUUAAAUCCAUAAAGAAUAAAUACGAAGAAAUAGAAAUUCUUAAAAAUAGAGAGAAUAAAAUCAACUUAAUCAGUGAUUCAUACGGUACAAUCAGUGAGAAGUACAAAGAGAAACUAGAAGAACUACAGAGAAUAGAAAAAUUAGAACAGAAAGAACAGGAGAAGUACACUGAAUUUGAAAAUAAAAAGAACGAAUUACGCACCAGAAUCAAAGAAAUAGAAAAACGAAUUGAGCAGAAGAGCAAAUACAAAAAAGAAUCAGUUUCAUUAGAGAAGGAAUAUUCCCUGCUAGAAUCAGAAAAGUCAAAAAUUACUAUUUUACUACAAGAAAAGACAGAAUUAACAAGGAAAAUCACAGAGAAUGAAAGAAUAUAUUAUAAAACCAAGGAAUUAUUAAAGGAAAUUAAAAUUCCAAGCAAUAAUCUCAUGGUAAUCAAUUCUGUAAAGGAAAGAUUCUGUGAAAUAUUCAUAAAAAUUGAAAUUCUGUCAAAAAAAAAAUAUACAGAAAGUCAUAAAAAUAGAGAAAAUUCUCUUAAACAGGAACUAAUAGAAGUAGAAGAAAAGAGGAAUAUUAUUAACAAUAGGAUUACUGCGGUAAUGGCUGUUCAUACGCAGAAGCAGCUUAUUAAGGACUCCAUAAGGGCAGCAAUUUUAUCAGAGAAAGUGAAGGAAUGUAUUUCUACGCAGGACACACUUAAUCACGUACGGGAGGAAAUAGAGAAAUUAGAAGAGUGUAUUAUGAAAGAGCAGAAGAUAAUUUCAGAGUGUGUAGGAGAAGAGUAUAACUUAGAAAAGCAGAAGGAAGAGGAUGAAUCAGAUGUAAAAAUACAUUGUACAGCUGAAUCAGAUGAAUUAUCAGCUUAUAUCAUGAUAAAAGUGCUUAAAGAAAGUAUUUCUGAUUUAGAGAAGUAUAUAAAAGGUGUACAGGCAGCUAUUGUUAGGUACCACUCAGAGAAACUAGCAGAAGUUAAUGCUAUAAUUAAGGAGAUAUGGGGGUUGGCAUAUAAAGGUACGGAUAUAGAUGAGAUUAAAAUUGUAUCACAUUUAGACAAAUCGUACAGUCUUGUUAUGGUAAAGAAUGGGAUUGAGAUAGAUAUGAGGGGAAGAGUCAGUGCAGGACAGAAGGUUUUAGCAUCGAUAGUUAUACGACUCGCACUUGCUGAAGCAUUCAGUUUAAACUGUGGAUUUCUUUCACUAGAUGAACCAACGACUAAUUUAGACAGUGCAAAUAUAUCUGGACUAGCUAAAGCACUCUCUUCUAUUAUACAGGCAAGAAAAGCAGAGGGGGGAUUUCAACUGCUUGUAAUUACACACGAUGAAGAUUUUGUUAGGGAAUUACUUGCAACAGAAUGUACUGAAUACUUCUACAGAUUAGAAAGAGAUAUUGUGGGAGUACCAAAAAUCGUACAAGUAUCUAUAUACGACCUAUAAAAAUAACGGUAAUUACUGAAUACGUAAAUUUAAAGGGAGCACCAUAUAACCCGAAA